AUAUUCAAGGCACGUCUUUAUGUUUAAUUUCAUAUGUUUAUGCAUCUUUAUAAAUACAAAUAUCACACCGUAUAGGACUGCCAACUUCCUAAAAGAAGGAUAAAGUUCAAAACUAGGAUAAAAUCAAAAUUAGAUUAAUUAAAAACGAAAACAUGGAUAAGAAAAAGGGAUAUAGUCUAGAACAUCCUGAAUUGAACAGUAAAACAGAGGCGUAUACAGGCAAUCAAUAUACUAUAUAUAACAAUGGAACGUAUUUUUCUGAUGCAAAGGAUGACCAGGGGAUGCCGUUUUCUUCAUCGAAAAAUGGACCAUUCGACAGUGAUCAUCAGUUUGGACAUUUUCAACCACGAAGUAAAGGUGACUACAGUAUGGACAGAAGUUUAAAGACCAGAUCACAAAAACGACGUUGUGUGAUGAUUGGAAUCAUUGUGACUGCGAUUCUUAUAGUCGCCAUUGUAGCGGCUGUUCUUGCCUUGACAUUGUCUUCAGAUUCAGAUAAAAAGGAGGUUGAAAUGGUAGAAGUGUCAGAGGACAGUAUUCUUAAAGGGGAAGUAACCUUAUCGUCAAAGAACUGGACUGAUGCAUAUAAUGAUAAAAAUUCUACCGAAUAUAUAACAACCGCAAAUGAAAUAAUUGAAAUGAUGGACAAACAGCUGCGAAAUAGUGUGUUAUCCAGUGUGUAUGUCCAAACAACAGUCGAUAAUAUUCGACAAGGCAGUGUGAUUGCCGAGUGCACUUGGUUUAUGACACUUACAAAGACGUUGGCAAAAAACGAGAGCCCUGACCCACCAAGCUUUGACUUUAAUGUUGACCUUGACCUUUUCAAAAAUACAAUAAAGCAAAUCCCUGAUGUUGCCGACAUAAAUGUUUCAGAUAUGACAGAGUGCGUCCCAGAUCCUUGUAAAAAUAAAGGCACGUGUAAAAGUGAAGGCAGUAAUUUUGUAUGCACGUGUCAGCCAGGCUAUUCGGGUGCAACGUGCGGAACAGAAUUAAACGAGUGUGACUCGAAUCCUUGUCUGAAUAGAGCAACGUGCGUCGGCAAUAAUACUGGCUACACGUGCAGUUGUAAAGAUGGAUACACCGGGAAAAAUUGCGAAAAGGAGGAAAAUAAAUGUAGUUCACAGCCAUGCUACAACGGUGGCCAAUGCUUCGAUUUCUUAGAUGGGUUUGCCUGUUGGUGCUUCCCAGGGUGGACGGGAACUCUGUGCGAAUUACGAGUAACCACUACAGGUUCAACACAGCUAACAACUAAAACAGCAAAAAUACCCCACACCAGCACAACAACUACAACUACGACCGAAGGGAAGGUCACAGAAGGGCCAUCUAUUUCAACAACAAAGGAUGGAUCAUCAACCAAACAAACAACUCAAGAUAAACCAUACACCGGACCGACCACAACUACAGAUAUACACAAAACUACAACUACAACAACAACUACAACAACAACUACAACAACAAAAUUUCCAUGUGUCCAAGGUAUUGAUCUUUUAAUUUUGUCACAAACAUGUUUUAAGACUUCAUACUUCACAGGUGUCCGAUAUGAGUAUGAGAUUGAAGGUGCUAUUCUAUGGCCUUUUGAGGACGAUUUACAGAUGUCAAAUACCUCAGGAUAUAAAGCAAUGGAGAACACUGUCCUUGAAUCACUGACAGAUGCGACAAAAGACUAUGGUUUAUCAGUUUGCAACAUUUAUCUUCAAAAAUUUUAUCCGGUCAACCCUCUGCCGAAUAGUCCAGAGAACACGGAAAUGAACAUCGGGUUCACAGUUGUUGUAUCCAUGAUGUCUAUUCUUUAUGAUAUGCAAAUUCAGUUAACGUUUAAUGCUUUUUUACCAGAACACUUUUAUUUUAUUUUCAUGAGAGCCUUGCAGAGCACAACAAAGUACCAAACUACGCCGUUGACAACCUAUCCUCCAGAGACAUGCAGCAGUUCAUCACCAAAAAUGAUAUACUCAUUCAAUAUAACAUACUCAGAGUUAUUUACGAAUGAUCUGUAUGAUUCUACGUCAGAUACAUUUAAAAGUCUCAACAAAACAUUGUCUGGAUCUUUUAUGGAACAAGCAAAGUACGACAGCAAAGAUCAUUGGGUCUGCAACAUUAGUUUGAUCCGAUGUGUGAAAACUUAUAGCGUUUUCGACAGCGGAGAAAUACAUAUCAGUGCGGAAGUCCAAAUCCACGUGCCUGUCAACACACUCAAUAUUGUCACAUCAGCGUACUACUUUUCUCAAGCUGUUCUACAGUCAGGAAAAAUGUUCUUGAUUCGAUAUAACAUACUUUUCGAUCCUUCAACGAAAACGACAACAAAGUCAAACAUGAGGACAACAACAACAUCAACAACAACAAGCGGUCCAAAAACGACAGACUGUCCGUUUUGGUGUGACGUUGGGACCAACUGUAUUUCGCUUAAACAAUUAUGUGAUGGAUAUAUGGACUGUUUCGAUUUUUCGGAUGAACUCUCAUGUUCAAUCACGACAACAGCAACAACAACUGUAGAAACAACAACUGUGGACACAACACUUGCUGGCUCAACAUCAGGUACAACCACUGAUGGAUCAACAAAAACAACAACUUUACCGACAACAAUACCAAGUGUGUAAAGCGAUUUAAAACUCAAAAUAGCGAAUACACUACAAAGUAUCAACGAUGAUUUGUGAUUUUAACAAUGAAUAGCACAAAUUAAAAAAUAGGAAUGUCGGAUAUUUCGGUUGUUUAAAAUUGCUAUAUUUUGAAAUUUACAUUGGUAUACACAUGAGUUGAAAAUAACGCGGGAACCGUUAACUAUGAGCUGUGUUGUGGCCAUAAAUCUCGACGCUUAUUAUAAAUCGCAAUUAAUAUAUAUAGAUUUUCUAAUACUUGUAUAUAAGAAUUCCAUUAUUGUUCCAUCUAAAAAUCCUGAACUUGGAUAAUGCCUGUACAAACUGAUAAUGACGCACGGUGUGUUAAGCAAAUGAACACCAUUUAUUACACGGGAUCUGUACUUUUCCCUUAAGACUUUUGCUGGAACCAGAUGUGUAAGGUUUUAAAAAUUGUUCUAAUAGUAUGUGAUCAUAUCUAUUCCGAAAGAAGUAAGGUGAGUUAUUGCUGAUCAUUUAGUUACUGAAAUUUAUUCUGUUUGCCCCUUAAUCAUCCAAAUUAACCGAUUUUUGAUAAAUUAAUGUCGUCAUCAUCUAAUCUAUAACAAAAUGUCUGUAUACACAUAAUGUCCGAAGAAAGUUAUGUUAUAUCACGAUAUGUGCCCAAAUGUUUGCAAUAUCCGAAAAUUGUUUAGUUUCAACGCACAUAUCUGUCAAAUGAACUCGUAUAGUUUAGUUGUCAACCUAAAGAAACAAGAAGUGAUUGAAAAGUUUUCAACUAGUCCAUAGACGUGUGUGUAUGUAUUCGCGCGCGCGUGCGUGCGCGCGCGCGUAUGUGUGUGUCAGUUUUGUAAAUAUCUACAUUAUAUUAUUGUUUGAUUAGCUUAUAAAGUUUAAUGUAUGUAUAUAUAUAUUUAUACAUGUACUACUGUUUGAUGUGAUAUAUUUAAUAUACAAACUGUAAUCUUUUAAGCAUGUAAGAUAUUAUUAUACAUGUAUUGUUUUCAUGUUGUCACUUUGAAAAGUAAUUUGACGGUAGUAUAGUUCAGUUAAAAGGUCAUAUAACCACGCCCAUUAAGCGGGGUUUAUAGAACAGUUAUCUUUAAUGGUAUUUAUUUGUAGUAUUUUUUUCAAAGCCCUAUAUUCUUAUUAACAUGUACAUGACAUGCUAUGAUACCAUAAAUGAAUGUCUAUAUAUAUUGUACAGAUUUUUUAUCAUCUACUUAUUUAUCACUUCAUAUCAUCAUAGUAUUAUUUAUUCUUUCUCCCUUUACUGAACUUGGUCUUUAAAACAACAUCAUCAACAAAAAAAAAUAAUUACUGAAAAUUGACAAAGGCUGAGCAAGGUUUCUCUGCGCGGCUUUACAGACUGGCUUGGCUUUUAACUAGAAGCAAAGACGAAAAAAUAUUGCCACAUGCUGUCAAAGGAUUGAAGAAUAAAGAUAUAUCUUUUCAAAAAUAGUGCCGAAUUAAAAAAAACAACAGUACUUUAUUUAAAAAAUCAUACUUAAUAAUGAUAAUUACACAAGCCUUUUAUAUAUUUAAAUAAAAAUGCAUAUUUUAGCGCAAGUUGUAAAUUUCAUAGCAAAUGUCAUUAUUAUAAUACAUGCUUUAAACCAAUGCAUUAUACAUGUUAUAAUUCUAUGUCUAUUUCCAUUUCUUAUUUAUGAUUUGCUUUUACGCCAAAGUAUUACUAUUGAUUAUGCCAAAUAAAUUAAAUCCAGUCAUCGUA